UCUUAUAUAUUCAGACCAUCAUGUUCGUGGUUGGUGGACAAAAGUAGCAUUGCAGCCAAAAUAUGGCAUGCAUCUGGAGCAACCGAGAGAGUUAUAUCGGGAAGCAAUCCAACUAUAGCUUGCCCAAAUUGUCAACAUGUUAUUGACAACCGUAAAGUAACACAAGAGUGGCCUGGAUUACCUAUAGGUGUUAAAUUUGAUCCAUCUGAUCAAGAAAUAAUGUUGCACUUACUUGCAAAAGUUGGCCAAGAAAACUUAAAAUCCCACCCUCUCAUCGACGAAUUUAUCCCUACUAUUGAUAUGGACGAGGGUAUCUGUUAUACUCAUCCUCGAUAUUUACCAGGUGUUGCACUAGACGGAAGUGUUUCGCACUUUUUCCAUAGAGCGGUAAAAGCUUAUAAUUCUGGCAGUCGAAAGCGUCGAAGAGUAAAUGGUCAAGAUGAUUUAAGUUAUGUCCGCUGGCACAAGACCGGAAAGACUAAGCCGAUUCUUUUGAACGGGGUUCAAAUAGGAAGUAAAAAGAUUAUGGUUCUCUAUUCGACUCAGGAUUCAUCUGGUAAAACUAAUUGGAUUAUGCAUCAGUAUCAUCUUGGGACGAAAGAGAAUGAAAAGCAUGGAGAGUACGUUGCAUCGAAAGUCUUUUACCAGCAGCCGGAGCAUGUCAAACUGCGGGGCAAAGGUGAUCAGGAUAUUCGUCACACCGCUGAAAAAGAGAGUCCUGUCACUCCCAAUGUUGUUACUCUUGAGCCUAAUCGGUUCAAAAAGCAAUGCUCGGAUAUCGACCAAGCACAACAAUCUCAUCAUACUCCUGAGACUCUGCUAAGCCUUCCUGAGUUAGAAAGUCCGUUAUUUGGUACUCGGGAUGACAAUGAUGAGCUUGCGAAUAUAGAUAUGUCGAUGUAUAUGUCGAUGUUAGAAACUCCGAUUAAUGAAGGGAUAGAUGACAUUGACCUGUCACAGUAUCUAUUAGACUCACAAGAAUUUGCAGAAACAUUUCCCUCGUUUAAGGAUUUGCUUCCAGGCCAGUCUCCGAAUAGGGAUGGAGAAAACGGAGAACAUAAUGAGCAACAUAGUCUUGCUACAUGUGCUCAUCUAGGACAAGACCAGUUGAACAACAAUAUUGAAGAUUACCAAAAUCUUGACCUGGACACUGCAAAGAAGAACGAUAUUGAAGAUUACCAAAAUCUUAACCUUGAUAUUGCAAACAAGAACUAUAUCGAAGAUAACCAAAAUCUUGACCUUGACUUUGCAAACAAGAACUAUAUCGAAGAUAACCAAAAUCUUGACCUUGACUUUGCAAACAUGAACGGUAUCGAAGAUUACCAAAAUCUUGGCCUUGACUUUGCAAACAUGAACGGUAUCGAAGAUUACCAAAAUCUUUGCCUUGACUUUGCAAACAUGAACGGUAUUGAAGAUUACCAAAAUCUUGGCGUUGACUUUGCAAACAUGAACGGUAUCGAAGAUUACCAAAAUCUUGGUGUUGACAUUGCAAAGAACGAUAUCGAGGACUACCUAAAUCUUGAACUUGACUCACCAACCACCGAUUUUGGAUUAAGUCAUCUGGACUUCGAUUCGCAGGAUAGCUAUCUUGCUUGGGAUGGUUACAAGAAAUUCAACUAAUACUUUCUUCACCUAAGAUAUGAAGUGAAGCUGUAAUCAAUAGUUUCUUUUAGUAUGGUGAAGUUAUAGAGUCAUAGUAUGUUUCAUCCAGGUACUCAAAUAUUGGAAUGUGGAACUUGACUUGUCCACAUAUAAAGAUACAUGUUGCUUGCUCACUGUGAAAGUGACAGAUACAUUGUUGUGUGUAUUAUGUGUAUAUUACUAUCUUUGAAUGGUUUAUUGGUCCCAUAGACAAAUGCAUUGUCUACCUUAGAGUUUGUUAAAAUCAUGUGUUGAUAGAUGCAUGAAUGUUGAG